GUAAUUGAAAUCGAUCUAAAGCUUCUUUUUCCAUAAUUCUUAAAGGUAGAUCAGAUUAUUGCUGACUUAAGCAUUGAAGUGUCUACCUCGAGAAUCCACCUCUAGGCUUUGUAGGUCAUCUUGAACAGAAGACUUGGACUGGAAGAAGUUAUUUGGUUUGUUGCAGUUACAUUAGCACUGUCUGUGGGAACCUGAAUUAGAAGCUCUCUUGUUCCUUUUUCACCAUGGAAUACACUCAAUCCGUCCGAAUUGGAAGUCAAGCUCAACCUCUUGGCUGAGGUCAAGUCCAGCAACCAAAUAACUUACCACCUUAUACACCAAACCUAUUUGCUCCUUUGGAACAUGCAAAAAGAGGUGAUGAGAACCAGCCACUACCACAUAACCCAACUUCCAACCCUAACCAAGGUGAUGAAGUCUCAGCUCAGCUUGCCACAAUGCAACAACAGUUCGACGUUUUUCAGGUGGUUUUGGCUCAGCUCUUAGCUCAAAAUAACCUUGGUGAUCCCCUCAUUAAUCUAUUGAACCCAACCCAGCAACCUCUAGUUCAACAGCAAGAACCUCCCCCACAACCUUUACCUGAUGAUGUCACACAACGUCUAAACAGUUUAGAAAAGAUGGUGGCUAAGCAACGAGGUGCUCCAAUUCUUCAUCAUAACACUACUUUCGUACCUCAUCCUCUGAACACCAAUAUAACUUUGGAACCUUACCUUGCUGGUUUCAAAAUACCUCAACUUGAGACAUAUGAUGGAACGAAGGACCCAGAUGAUCAUCUGCAUGCUUUCUACUUUUGUAUGCAAGCUCAGAAUGCCUCCAACGCCUUAAUGUGCAAAAUUUUCCUUUAUGCUCAAACUUGGUAUUAUAGUCUACCUCUGAGGCCUAUCAGCUUUUAUGUAGAGAUGGCAUCUACUUUUGCCACAAAGUUUUCCAAUAGGAGAUUCAAUGAUGUAGUUUUAGAGGUUAGCUCAUUUGAUCAAGUUGUAGGAAUUGCAACUAUAAUUCAAAGCCUCAAACACGAAAGAUUCAAGGAUAGUUUGAUUAAGCAUCCUUCUACUACUUUCAAUGAAGUUAAUGAUAGAUCUUUGAGGUUUAUAACUGUUAAGGAAUAUACUUUAUCACAGAAACCAGUUCUUGUUAGGAAUCAAAACUCAAUUUUGAGAAAGGAGGGCCAGAGUAGGAAACAGAUUAAGAUAGUACAGAAUCGAGGUCUGAUGUUGACCUCCAUGCCAAGUUUUGGAAGAUCAAAUUCAAUACCUCCUCAACAAACUCCCAGUAAAGCACCAGUUACGUGGACUUCUUUUAAUUUACCGAGCCUAAAGUCUGAGCUAGAAAGUUUAGCUCAGAAGGGACUGUUGAAUAAAUACAUUCGGAGAACAAAACAGCCUAAAUUCGUUAGGGAACAGGGUUCACAACCACAGGGAUCCCGUACUAUAGAAGGGUUAAAAGUAGGGGGUUUAAGCUCUAAGCAAUGGAAGUUAUACGUGAAGGAGGUGAAACAACAAAACCGAGCUCAAAAACAAAAGUUUGAUGAUACUGAUUGGAAUGAUGAUACUGAUUGGAAAAAUCAACCAAUCACUUUUACACCUAUUGACUUUGAUGGGGUGAUAUCGCCUCAUAAUGACCCAUUGGUCACUUUUUUUAGGAUUAACAAUUGUGAGGUACAGCAUGUACUUGUUGACACAGGUAGUGCACCAGACAUCAUGUAUUAUCAUUGUUUUGAGAGUUUAAGGCUAGAUCCAACUUUGCUACAGAGAUACAACAGUCCUAUAUAUGGCUUUAACAACCAACCUGUUCAAGUUAAAGGGGUCCUUACCCUCAAUGUUGCGUUUAGGAGUGGUCGAACUUAUGUUACUUCCUCAAUUCGGUUUCUAGUUCUCAAAAUGGCUUCAUCUAUCAAUGUCGUUAUUGGUCGACCUACAUUAAUGGAGAUCCAAGCUGUGGUUUCUCAAUCUUAUCUCUGCAUGAAGUUCCCUAUUCCCAUGGGAAUAGCGACACUGAAAGGCAAUCAGAAAAUAGCCAGGCAUUGCUAUAUUACCUUGGUUACAAGGUCUCUGAAAGAAAAAGAUCAUAUGUCAAAGAACGCCCGCAAGAAGUUCAUGACAACCAGUAGUUAUCACCAAGUCCCAAUGGCUCCUGGGGAUAAAGAGAAGACCUCAUUUUAUGCAAGAGAUGAAAUAUAUUGCUACGUCAUGAUGCCCUUUGGCUUAAAGAAUGCGGUGAAGAGUUGGAAAGCCAAGGACCAUUUAGCUGACUUGGAUGAGACAUUCAAUAAUUUGAGGAAGAACCAAAUGCGAUUAAACCCAGCAAAGUGCAUCUUUGGUGUAGAAUCUAGAAAAUUUCUAGGCUUCAUGGUAUCUAGCAAGGGGAUUGAGGUUAACCCAGAAAAAAUUAAAGUCAAAGAAGAGAUGGAACCGUCAAAAUCAGUGAAUGAUGUACAGAGACUAACAGGAAGAGUGGUAGCUCUACACAGAUUCGUAUCCAAAUCAGCUAACAGAUGUCUUCCCUUCUUCAAGAUCAUGAGAUCAUCAGCUCAAAAAGAUGAAUCUGGCAAACAGAAAAAGUUUGAAUGGAGUCCAGAAUGUGAAGCUGCAUUUGAUGAGCUCAAAUCUUAUCUUAGCUCACCCUCAUUACUAAUAAAAGCUAUCGAUGAGGAGAUCCUCUAUUUGUACCUUGGCAUAUCUGAUGAAAGGUCAGCAAUUCGAGCACAAGCAUUAGCAGAUUUUGUUGUUGAAUGCACUUCAGACCACUCAAGUUCCAUUUUCGAGCUAGAUACUUGGAUUCUAUAUGUGAAUGGAGCAACAAACAGUAAGGGGUCAAGGGCUAGAGCAGUCCUGGUAGGGCUAGAUGGUUAUCAAAGUGAGUAUGCUUUGAAGUUCAACUUCGAUGCAACUAAUAACAUGGCCGAAUACGAAGCUUUACUACUUGGUCUACAGCUGGCAUUAGAGCUAAAAGUCACGGCAAUCUAAAUUUAUAGUGACUCACAGCUCGUGGUCAAUCAGGUCAACUCAAUUUGUGAAGUGGUUGACCACAUGUUGAUGAAAUAUGUAUCCCUGGUGGCAGAUCUGAAGUGUAGGUUUGAGAAAUUCUGCCUUAGUAAAAUACCCUGAGCUGA